AUGAACUACCGGCGGUUCCUCACGGCGACCAGCUUGGCCAGGACGUGUUCUCCCAUCCGAGCCCUGGGUGAGACUGGCACUGAUAAAUUGGUUAAGGCACCAAAAUCAGUCAUUUCAUUGGCUGCUGGGUCACCAAAUCCAAGAAUGUUCCCCUUUAAGACUGCCAUUAUCACUAUGGAAGAUGGAACGACCAUCCAGUUUGGAGAAGAGAUUAUGAAGAGAGCACUUCAGUAUUCUCAGACUGCUGGAAUUCCAGAGCUUUUGUCCUGGCUAAAACAGCUACAAGUAAAAUUGCAUAAUCCUCCCACCGUCCAUUAUCCCCCCAGUCAAGGACAAAUGGACAUAUGUGUCACAAUUGGCAGCCAAGAUGGUCUUUGUAAGGUCUUUGAAAUGAUCGUUAACCCCGGAGAUAAUAUUCUCCUAAAUGAACCUACUUAUGGAGGAACACUUCAAGUUCUGAAACCACUGGGCUGCAACAUCAUCAGUGUCGCCAGUGACGAGCAUGGGAUGGUCCCCGACUCCCUCAGAGAAAUACUUUCCAAGUGGAAACCAGAAGAUUCAAAGAACCCCAAGAAAAACACCCCCAAAUUUCUCUAUACUAUCCCAAAUGGUAACAAUCCUACUGGAAACUCAUUAACAAGUGACCGCAAAAAGGAAAUCUAUGAGCUUGCAAGAAUAUAUGACUUCCUCAUAAUAGAAGAUGAUCCUUACUAUUUUCUCCAGUUUAACAAGUCCUGGGCACCAACAUUUCUGUCCAUGGAUGUUGAUGGGCGUGUCAUCAGAGCUGAUUCUUUUUCAAAAGUCCUCUCCUCUGGGUUGAGAGUCGGGUUUUUAACUGGUCCAAGACCCUUGAUACAGAGAGUUGUUCUUCACACAGAAGUGUCAGCGUUGCACCCCAGCACUUUUAACCAGCUUAUGGUAUCCCAGCUUCUACACCAGUGGGGACAAGAAGGCUUCCUGGUUCACGUGCACAGGGUUAUUGAUUUCUACAGGAGCCAGCGAGAUGCAGCUUUGGCAGCUGCAGACAGGUGGCUCAGUGGUUUGGCAGAAUGGCACAUUCCUACUGCUGGGAUGUUUUUGUGGAUUAAAAUUAAAGGCAUUUCUGAUGUAAGAGAACUGAUUGAAGAAAAAGCCAUCAAGAAAGAGAUAUUACUGCUUCCUGGAAACGGUUUCUACAACAAUAGCUCAGCUCCCAGCCCUUAUGUGAGAGUAUCCUUCUCUUCAGCCUCUCCAGAACAGAUGGAUGUGGCCUUCAAGAUAUUAGCCCAACUUAUAAAAGAAUCUUUAUGA